AUAGACUCAACUGAAAAGAUCGCGCGCAGCUCGGCCGUUUGAAACUGCUGUAAAAGACGCGUUAGUCUGUAUUAGAAAGACUUAAAAUCAAAGUGCGGAAAGUACAAACGCGUUGCUCGUGUCUCAGGAAGUGCUUUACAACUUUGUCUCUUAUCGUAGUGAUAAUAUCAAGUCGCUUAUCGCCUGUCAGUCAUAGCGCUUCGGUGUGAUUCUACGUAUGAAUGUAUGUGUGUGCGUAUGUAUUCACUUUAAAAUUUAAUUUCUUAAAAGAAAUCUGAGUGCAAUAAGAUAACGCGUCAAUCAUAACGACGUGUGAACACUCCAAGAGGAAAUUACUGUGGAAAUUGACGCUGAUUAGAAAUUCUCGAGAUAAGCAAGAUCGCGUGUGCCUGUGAUAAAAUCAUAAGGAGUCGCGAUAACGGAAGUAACGACCGUUUGGAAAUCAACUAUGUUUCCGGGUAUUGGCUUUAUCGUUUGACUUCGACGCCUUUCAGUUGGUACUGUCAAUGUCGGAGCUGAUUAGGGGUUACAUAUAUAAACCAAGUAUAACCAAUUUGUCGCGAUCCAAAUAACCUCGUGGUGUGUGUGACUAAAAUCGUUCUUGCUAAAACCGAAAACGUGUCGACUUCCGCCAUCAUGUCUAGGAAAGUGCCGAAAUCUCUGAUAACCAAAGAGACUAGAGAUUACCUAAUGAGCACACACUUUUGGGGUCCGGUAUUCAACUGGAUGAUACCUAUAGCGGCCAUAUCCGACACGCGAAAGCAUCCGAGAAUCAUUAGCGGCAAAAUGACUUUGGCCUUGACCCUGUACUCCAUGGUAUUCAUGCGAUUCGCUUGGAAGGUACAACCGCGAAAUUUGUUGCUGUUAGCGUGCCACGUGACAAACGCUGGGGCUCAGCUCACGCAAGGUUAUAGGUACCUUGACUACCAUUACGGCGGGAAGCAGUAACUCGACCAGAAGAAAUGAUAUGGGAAGCCUGUAGCCAUAAAAGAAAAAUAUAUCGUGUGUAUAUUUAUGCUCUUGCAAAUAUAAAACUCGUUUUAUCAUUA